CAUGUCCCAGUUUGGACGGUUUGUAUGUUGUGAGCCUAGGUUGGGUCACCAUGCAGCAACAGUUGCUUCUCACGCAAACAGAUGUCACCAUUGUUGACAUCUUGUGAGUGAAAAUAUUUCUGGCAUCACUUGACUGAUCAUGGUAUAACGAGUAGCACUCAGCAGGGAGCUUUUGUGAUGUAUUCACCCUGCACCAGUCAGGACUCCUAGAGAUAUUCACACCUCAAAAAGGAAACUUAAAGACCGCGCUACGAAGAUAUGGCUGAUGAUAGUUGUGUGGAACACAAAUGCUGACAGAAGGGUACAGCAAAAGCCCCAUAAUCACCAGAAUUAUAAUAGAAUAAGUGGAUGUGAGUUUGCUCGCUGAGCUGGAAGAUCUUUGUGUGACCCAGAGAUGUCUUUGGUAUGUUUGUCUGACUUUGAGGUGUAUGCUAAAGAACAUUUACCUAAAACAACCUGGGAUUACUACGCUGCUGGGGCAGAUGAAUGCUGUACGAGAGAUGACAAUCUGAUGGCAUAUAAAAGAAUCCGCCUGCGUCCACGAAUGCUAAGGGAUGUCUCCGUAACAGAUACAAGGGUAACCAUCCAGGGAAUGGAGAUCAAUUUUCCCAUAGGAAUCGCACCUACUGCUUUCCACUGCAUGGCAUGGCAUGAUGGGGAGAUGAGUACAGCCCGUGCUGCUGAAGCCAUGAACACAUGUUACAUUGCAAGCACAUACUCCACCUGUUCUGUGGAAGAGAUUUCAGCAGCAGCACCUAAUGGAUUUCGAUGGUUUCAGCUUUAUGUCUAUCGCAACCGUAAGCUCUCAGAGCAGCUAGUACAUCGCGUGGAAGCACAUGGGUACAGGGCCAUCGUUCUGACUGUGGAUGUCCCUUAUACUGGCAAACGGAGAAAUGAUAUCAGAAACAACUUUAAGCUACCACCUCACCUCAAAGUCAAAAACUUUGAUGGCAUUCUUGAGGAUCAUAGUGAAGCAGAACUAUAUGGAGUACCAGCCAAUUCUCUGGAUCCGUCAAUCUGUUGGAAAGAUAUCUGCUGGCUUCAGUCGUUAACUCGUCUGCCUAUAAUUAUUAAGGGCAUUCUAACCAAGGAAGACGCAGAACUGGCAGUGGAACAUGGUGUCCAAGGUAUCAUAGUGUCAAACCAUGGAGGCAGGCAGCUUGAUGGAGGCCCAGCUACGAUAGAUGCCCUAUCAGAAAUUGUGGAUACAGUCCAAGGAAGAAUUGAGGUUUAUUUGGAUGGCGGAAUCCGUACAGGAAGUGAUGUGCUCAAGGCUUUAGCUAUUGGAGCCAAGUGUGUAUUCAUUGGUCGGCCUGUGGUUUGGGGUCUUGUCUACAAGGGAGAAGAGGGAGUCAAAGAAAUUUUGCAGAUUUUGAAUGAUGAAUUUCGUUUAUCAAUGGCUUUGGCUGGUUGCAGAAAUAUUUCUGAGAUCAACAGGAACCUUGUUCAAUUCUCCAAGCUUUAGAAUGAUUCCUUAAGAGAAAUUAACUAGUACUACACAUCUGCUGGAAGAUCAAUAUGUCUUGAAAGAGAAGAUCAUUGUGGACAAAUUUGGAGUAGUUGAAAAACACUGUAACCAAGGCAAAUAAACAAAACAGAAUGUCACGAAUAACUUCUAUUUCAUAAUAUGUCUUGAAACAUGAUUAUUGAAUGAAUUAAUUUUCUUCCUUUUGAUAUGUAUAAAUGUUCUUUACUUGAUCAGUUUUAACUGCAGCAUUGACACUGCUGUUAAGCUCGCAUUGAUAAAUGUUCUUUUGGCAAACCCUUCCACUUCUCCCUUUUUAAAAAAGUCCAUGCAAAUCUUUAGUCAUCUCUCUAAACCUUGCCUUCUUUGGCAUGGCAUCCUUUUUCCUACUGGUACUUAAUACGACUAUUAAGUGCUUUGGGACUUUUUUUGUUGUCAUGAGUGUUAUACUAAUGUGAGUUAUUGUUUUUGCUGGAGCACAGCCACUGUGUGAAGCUUAGAUACAUUUUGUAAGUUACAUUCUGCUCAAAGCCCAAAGCUUAAUGAUGGAACCAGGUGGUUUGUGGUGCAUUUGGGAGUUGCUUCUCAAAGUCUUUUCAGCUUUAUGACGUGAGAUUGAUUUCAGCCCAGCCAGGGGAGAUGUAAAGUUCCUUUAGUGGAAGAUUGGGUGGCAGUGUCUUUCAGAAUAAUAUAAUUUCAAUGCUGGAAUCCAAUAUUUACAUUUUAAUUUGAUUUCUUCAGAUUUUCAAAGCUUAUGAUUUAAAAUAUAAAAUGGCAAUUAAUACACGAUAUUUUCAAUGCCUCUUUGAAACAAGCAAUGAAAUAACUCUUCUGAUAAUCGAGACUGAGAUUAAUAUAAUCAAGAGGUUCUGACAAGAUCAUGAACUCAAAAGGAAAAGGUUGCAUGUUUAAUAUAAUUAAUGUCUCUAACAUUCACAUUACAUGCCGCAAUGCACUCAAAACUGGAAUCGUAUGCGUAAACAUAUUGGUGAGCUUUAUCAGUUGAGUUUGUAACCAUAGUAGUUAUCAGCACCAUUAUGUAUUUUGCCAAAUAGUUUGGACUGAGUGACAAAAAGUGUGAUCAGAAUGAACAAAUUUACUAGGAAAAGCUAUCCUGCUAUUCAUAAUGCCAUAUCAUAUUAA